GCAGCAGUUGUUUGCAACUAUCUGUAAAGGAGCAAUGUUGAAAUUCGUGGUAGUCUUGUCUUUUGUGGCUUGCGCCUUGGCUGGCACCAUACCCGAAGGUAUGGUCGGUCUUAGCGACGAUUUGAGUGGACGUAUUGUAGGCGGUACUCCAACCACCAUCAGCUCAUUCCCAUGGCAGGUAUCGCUCCAACGUUCCGGUUCCCACUCAUGCGGUGGCUCCAUCUAUAGCAGCAACAAUAGCAUUAGCGCUUCGGUUUUGAGAAUCCGUGCCGGUUCUAGCUACUGGAACUCUGGUGGUGUUACCAUCUCGGUCUCUGCUUUCAAAAAUCACGAAGGCUACUCCUCAUCAACUUACUCCAACGAUAUUGCGAUCAUCAAGCUAGCCUCAUCUCUGUCCUUUAGCUCUACCACUAAAUCAAUUGGCUUGGCUACCAGCACACCCGCAACUGGCGCCUCCGCAGCAGUAUCUGGUUGGGGUACACUGACAUCUGGAUCCAGCAGCAUUCCCAGUCAAUUGCAAUACGUCAACGUAGACAUCAUCGAUCGUAGCAAAUGUGCUUCCAGCACAUACAAAUAUGGUUCUUCCAUCAAAUCCGGCAUGGUCUGUGCUGCUUCCAGUGGUAAGGAUGCCUGCCAAGGCGAUUCCGGUGGCCCAUUGGUAUCCGGUGGUGAACUUGUUGGUGUUGUUUCAUGGGGUUACGGUUGUGCUGUUGCUAACUAUCCCGGUGUUUAUACCGAUGUCCCCUCUUACCGCUCCUGGAUUGUUGAGAAAGCAAACUCCAUCUCUAACCAUUUCGGUCAGCAGCAGUUGUUUGCAACUAUCUGUAAAGGAGCAAUGUUGAAAUUCGUGGUAGUCUUGUCUUUUGUGGCUUGCGCCUUGGCUGGCACCAUACCCGAAGGUAUGGUCGGUCUUAGCGACGAUUUGAGUGGACGUAUUGUAGGCGGUACACCAACCACCAUCAGUUCAUUCCCAUGGCAGGUAUCGCUCCAACGUUCCGGUUCUCACUCAUGCGGUGGCUCCAUCUAUAGCAGCAACAUUAUUGUGACCGCCGCUCAUUGCUUGCAAUCGGUUAGCGCUUCGGUUUUGAGAAUCCGUGCCGGUUCUAGCUACUGGAACUCUGGUGGUGUUACCAUCUCGGUCUCUGCUUUCAAAAAUCACGAAGGCUACUCCUCAUCAACUUACUCCAACGAUAUUGCGAUCAUCAAGCUAGCCUCAUCUCUGUCCUUCAGCUCUACCACUAAAUCAAUUGGCUUGGCUACCAGCACACCCGCAACUGGCGCCUCCGCAGCAGUAUCUGGUUGGGGUACACUGACAUCUGGAUCCAGCAGCAUUCCCAGUCAAUUGCAAUACGUCAACGUAGACAUCAUCGAUCGUAGCAAAUGUGCUUCCAGCACAUACAAAUAUGGUUCUUCCAUCAAAUCCGGCAUGGUCUGUGCUGCUUCCAGCGGUAAGGAUGCCUGCCAAGGCGAUUCCGGUGGCCCAUUGGUAUCCGGUGGUGAACUUGUUGGUGUUGUUUCAUGGGGUUACGGUUGUGCUGUUGCUAACUAUCCCGGUGUUUAUACCGAUGUCCCCUCUUACCGCUCCUGGAUUGUUGAGAAAGCAAACUCCAUCUCUAACCAUUUCGGUCAGCAGCAGUUGUUUGCAACUAUCUGUAAAGGAGCAAUGUUGAAAUUCGUGGUAGUCUUGUCUUUUGUGGCUUGUGCCUUGGCUGGCCCCAUACCCGAAGGUAUGGUCAGUCUUAGCGACGAUUUGAGUGGACGUAUUGUAGGCGGUACACCAACCACCAUCAGUUCAUUCCCAUGGCAGGUAUCGCUCCAACGUUCCGGUUCCCACUCAUGCGGUGGCUCCAUCUAUAGCAGCAACAUUAUUGUGACCGCCGCUCAUUGCUUGCAAUCGGUUAGCGCUUCGGUUUUGAGAAUCCGUGCCGGUUCUAGCUACUGGAACUCUGGUGGUGUUACCAUCUCGGUCUCUGCUUUCAAAAAUCACGAAGGCUACUCCUCAUCAACUUACUCCAACGAUAUUGCGAUCAUCAAGCUAGCCUCAUCUCUGUCCUUCAGCUCUACCACUAAAUCAAUUGGCUUGGCUACCAGCACACCCGCAACUGGCGCGUCCGCAGCAGUAUCUGGUUGGGGUACACUGACAUCUGGCUCCAGCAGCAUUCCCAGUCAAUUGCAAUACGUCAACGUAGACAUCAUCGAUCGUAGCAAUUGUGCUUCCAGCACAUACAAAUAUGGUUCUUCCAUUAAAUCCGGCAUGGUCUGUGCUGCUUCAAGCGGUAAGGAUGCCUGCCAAGGCGAUUCCGGUGGCCCAUUGGUAUCCGGUGGUGAACUUGUUGGUGUUGUUUCAUGGGGUUACGGUUGUGCUGUUGCUAACUAUCCCGGUGUUUAUACCGAUGUCCCCUCUUACCGCUCCUGGAUUGUUGAGAAAGCAAACUCCAUUUAAGGUACUCGAUAUUAUGAACAGAAAUAUAAUAAAGCUUGCGUUUUGAAAAUAUAAA